AUGAGACGAUCCGGAUCCGCCAAACNNNNUCAGCCCAGACGACCAUUCUGAGGUAUCCGGCUCAACGUGGCAUUUUCGUAAGGGAAUACGCCACCAAUAUGUAUUCUUCUAUUACGUACGUGCUUUCACAGACUCUGUUGGAAUUACCGGUAGCGUUCAUAGAGUCUAUCGUCCAGCUCAUUAUAGCUUACUUCAUGAUGAACUUCCAAGGUAGUUGGAUCUUAUGGGUCCUGAAUAAUCUAUUCAUCAACUUGGUAUCGGCAUCCUUCGCCCAGUUCCUCGGUGCUCUAGCUAACACUGGUGCCCAAGCAAUGCAGCUCAUGCCGCUGAUCAUGGUCCCUCAGAUGAUCUUCUCUGGGAUAGCUACUCCUAUAAGUCAAAUACCAGUGUGGUUACGAUGGUUGCAGUAUGUGAGUUUCGUGAAGUACGGUGUCUCCUUGGCCUACUUCAACGAAUUCGGCUUCGAUAUGACCCGCCUGAACGAGACCAACGACAUCCACUCUGAUCUCGUUGGGUUAUACAUAGGUGUUCUAUUUGCAAUGCUCAUAAUACUGCGUGUCACGGCGACUAUUGCUCUGAAACGCAGAGCUCGGUACGUGUACUAA